CUCGUUCUCGAAGCACCGUCUGCACUGCACAGCCAACUCCAGAUCACCCGCAGCCGCAGCGGGCACCUGCACGUGCGGUCAAACGCAGCUUCACGCGCCUUCUCGCUGCAGGUGCACAACGGCCGCCGACAAUAGCAAGAUUACGACAGUGAAGCAGGCUCUGCUUCCUAUUGUGCGGUGUGUCUAUUGUCGGCCGGUUGAGCAAUCAAAAGAACGUUCACCUUCGUCUCAACCACUCUCUUCCCUCUCUUACACACAUAUCGCUUCUUCAGACAGCACUUUGCCCACUACACGCACACGCCCUCGCACACGCCCUCUCACCGCGACUGACACACUCUGAUCACUCCGGCGAGCGCAGCACAUUCAUCACCCUCAAUCCACAGCGACCGCCGCCGCCAUGGACGCUCCUGGCGAGCCGCCAGCACCACUCGCUCGCAUUCCGACACCACCAAUCCCACCUUUUCUCCAGAUCCCAACUGGCCUCCAAGCUCCUCAGCCGCAGGUGCAGGCACCCGGCUCCGAGAACACUUCUCGAGACACUCAAGAGCGAGCAGAAGACACUGACCACUCUGAGAGCGACCGUGACCAUGACUCCGAAAGCGAGAGCGAUAGUGAAGAUGCUGGAGCAGCGCCUUGGAGCGCCAUCAACGAAGACACGACGGAGCCGGGUGAAGACGAAAUCGUCUACAUCAAGCGCAACGCAGGCUUUGAGCCAAGCGCCACGGACGACGAAUAUUGGCAGAAGAUAACAUUUUUCGAGCUCAAUGACCCGGAUUUGGUCCCAAUCGAGGCAGGCACGAUCGACUGGAUGCUUGAGCACUACAAUGGCACUGCAGAAAAGCCAAACAACGAGACAGUCAUGCGCUCACCCAUAGUCAAUGUCGGCGGUUACGACUGGCGCAUCAAGUUCUACCCAAAAGGCCACCGCUCCGAAUACCUUUCCGUCUACCUCGAGAACGUCACGAUCCAGUCUCCAGAAUGGGAAGGCACCGAAGACUUCGUCAACCCACCAUUUCCAUUCCUCAAAGGUCAAGAGCGUAUCAAGAAGCGUCGUUCCGUUGCUGCACAGCUAUGCAUCAUCAUGUACAAUCCCGCCGAGCCUCGUGUGUUCGAGUACCAGGCGGAAGCGCAUCAAUUUCACAAGAAGUCUGCUGACUACGGCUGGCGAUAUUUCACCAAGUACUCCCGCUACGACUUCCACCUUCGCCAACACGGGCAACGCCAAGCCAUCUUGCGCAACGAUAGACUCGCUUUCCGCGCCUAUAUCCGUGUCGUUGACGAUCCAACCGGCUGCAAGUGGGAGCAUGGCGACCCGUCACCUGACAUAAUCACGUCCACAACAGGCCUUCGCCCUUUCACCAAGUCUUUGAUAUAUAUCGCUGCGGCGGUACCUCUACUUCAUUUCCAGCCUUUCAGAGAAUGGGUGAAGUCACUGCGCGGCGAUAAAAAAGAUACUCGCGGAUACCUUCAGGCUCUAUUGCUCAAGAUGUACACGAGAAAGCGCUCCACCAACUUCGGUAAUCCAGGCACCCAAUUUCCAGGUGAUGUGCUUGAGAUGCUAUGGCGUCUUGCGACCCGCGUCUCGAUCAAUUUCGAAGGAACAGAAGAACCCAGCAAGUUUAAGGAACUGGUUGGCGGCUUUCAUCCGGACAAAGGAGGUGCGUGCGGUGCCAACCGACUGCCAACGAAGGAUCACAGCUCACUACAAGCGGCUGUCGAUGAGCAUACCAAAGUAAAGGUCAUUUCCUGCCCUCAGCUACUGACGCUCGAGCUGCAGAGGCAAGAGCACGACAAGAAAACGAGGGUUUGGAAGAAAUUGGUCAACAAAGUCGAGAUCCCUGACAAUCUCAAUGUCAGCGGUGUUGCAUACACCCUGUUCGCCUUCAUUACUCAUUGCGGGCCUCUCAGCUCCAGCCGAUACGUGCCUUACGUGCGUCCGCGCGGAAUUGGCAGGGGCUGGUACGCAUACCAUGACGGCAGAGUCACGAUCUUGACCGAGACAGAAGCUCGUGGCAAGCACUCUGGCUUCAAAGAGCGCUUCCGCCCGCCAUCCCCUGGCUCUGGCUACGACUCUCCCUUCAGCCAGUAUAACGAGCAUGUCGACGCGGAAGUCACAUGCGCUGUGAUGUAUGUUCGCGAUGACAUCGCACCACAGGCUUUCAACUUUCCAGACACUGAGGAAUGGUCACCUCACCAUGCCAACCAAAAAGAUUACGAUCAUCCACUCAAGACUGCGAUGCAUGAAUACUUCGAUCAAAGCCAACUUCCCGCCGCGUUUCAGCCGAACAGUACGACGAUUUCAUUUGAGCCGGGCAGGACUGUCGCUCUGCCAAACACGUCAGCUUUGCAGGCUCCGACCGUCGUUCUGGCGCCUCCGCUACCUCAGAUGGACGGAGAGGAUGUUGUCAUGAGCGAUGCUGACGACGACUCUCAAUUCGCGGCGAUUGAGGAAGGAAUCACGGAGCCGACGAGCCUAUGCAAAGGCACGCACGACUGGCUCGGUCAACACUAUUAUGAGGGAGACUACAACGAGGCUCGGCACCAGCAUGGCGGCGGUCACCUGAUCGACGUCAAUGGCGAUGAAUAUCUAGGUCAAUUUGACGACGGAAAGAAGGCCGGCCACGGCAAGAUCUUCUACGCUGCCUCAGGCCAACAAUAUGAGGGCGAUUGGCUCGACGACUUGCCGCACGGCCACGGCAAGCUGACGGAAGCCAGUGGCAACGUCUACGAAGGUGAAUUCAGAGAGGGUCGCAAGACUGGCCAGUUUGUUCUUCGCGGCACAGUCACCGAAGAAGACAAGGGCCAGUGCACCAUCUGCUUCGAGAAUGAGAUCACGACGGCCUUCUACGACUGUGGGCACGUGAUCUCGUGCCGCGAUUGCGCCGUGAAGAUCGAUUUCUGUCCUGUCUGUCGCAAGCGGGUGCUGCACAAGCUGCAGCUGUAUGGUGUCAAAGUACAGGUUGAUUGAGCAACAUUUUGGAAUUAGCGAGGAGUUCUGGGAAGAGAAGAUACCCUAGAAGCAUUGAAGUACGUAGAUUUUGUCAUGGAAUUGCAUUGGACCUC